AUGAAGAUCCAGCAGGACGCCGCUAAGGUAUUGGAGAGAACGUCGCAUUUUCUCCAGAAAGGCAUCAUCAAGGAGCGUCCAGCGUGGUACGUGCCAGUGGGCGUUCACCCUACGGGAUAUGAUUUGACGAAAAGACCUAAACGGUUUGACUCGGGCCGCCAGCCGGCUGAUCCUCAGGAUAAGCUCUACAAGAAGCAAGGAGAAUAUUUUAAGACAGGCAUGUCGAGUACAGACCGCAGAAACAGAAACAACAAGGUGCACAGCAUCCCCAAGAUCAAGCUUUUGGAAGAUAAGUUGAGAGACGUUUUUUACCACCAGCAUCCGUGGGAGUUUGCCAGACCGAAGAAUUUGGUAGAGAACGAAGGCAACGACGUCAAGAAGUGUGAUUGGUCCCACAUGCUCCAGUUGCACAAGCCCUUGGACGGCGAGUCUGUGGUGCAACGAACUCUCUACAUAUUAAAGACAGAGAGGGAGAAAAAGAACAUCACUCUUUUUGACGCAUACGACCAGGCCCGUUUCGAGUUCUACCGGUUGCGUAUGGCGGAGGAAAUGAGCGCCAACGUGUCGAAGGAAGAGUCAGCGAUGUUCGGUGCCAUCUAUCCGUCGACAAACAUGGACUGGGGUGUGCAGAAGGAGCAAGAAGUUGUGGACCAGUGGACGAAGCGUGCUGCUGAGAUGACCAAGGCGUAUGAUGCGUCGUCGAGCCGUAGCAGUACGGGCCCAAGCAACGAGAUGUCGAUGGAGUCGUCGUCAAUCUGGGAAACGUCCUUCGUCGACGAGGUCGAGGAAAAGUGA